UUUAUAACCUGGACAUUGCUUAGAAAUUUCCGGGGAGGCUCAUCUAUAAUUUGAGAGAUAAUGAAUGAAUACAAGAAUAUUGUUCUUCUAAAAGGAUUAGAGAGAAUGGAGGAAUAUCAGUUUAGGAAAAUCAAGUCCUUACUAAGAAAAGAACUAAAGCUAACUAAACAAAUGCAAGAUGAAUAUGACAAGAUUCAGCUGGCUGACCUGAUGGAGGACAAGUUCCCAAAAGAAGCUGGACUAGACAAACUGAUAAAAGUGUGCGAGCUUAUAGAAGAGCUUAAAGACCUCGCUAAAAAUCUUAAAAAAGAGAAGGCAAAAGUUCAAAAGAAAAAGAAAGGAAAAGGCAAAAUGGCAGUGAAAAAGAGAAAGCAAGAUGAACUCAGUACUUCUGAAUCUUUUUUCAUCAGUAAUGAAUCAAACAAGAGUAAACUCUUCUCAAAGAAAAAGAAAAAACAAAUCUCAAAAGCUGAAGGUGGAAAGAAAAAGAAGCUUACCCAGGAACAGACUCAGCUUCCAGGACCUUCAGGAACCAAUAUGAAAAAAGAUGAAGAUUGUCUCCAGACUCCUCUUAAACCUCCACCAACACCACCCAGCAGUUUCUCACAUAAGAAAAAGAGAAAACAAAUCUCAAAAGCUGAAGGUGGAAAGAAAAAGAAGCUUACCCAGGAACAGACUCAGCUUCCAGGACCUUCAGGAAUCAAUAUGAAAAAAGAUGAAGAUUGUCUCCAGACUCCUCUUAAACCUCCACCAACACCACCCAGCAGUUCCUCACAUAAGAAACAGAAAAACACGAUCAUCAAAAAACAUAGUAUCAUAAUGACAGAGGGUCCCCAGGAAAAGCACCAGCAUGUAGACUUUCCAACAACCAGCAAAUUCCCACCUGUAAGUGAAGUUCUGACUUUUGAAGGAUUUUCAGUAAUUGCUUCUAACAGCCUUCAAUCUUCUCAAAAGCCUCUAGAAGCUCACUUAGAUUUAAAGAUGUCCCCAGGCUCUCUAAAAUCACCUUCCCAGAAUUUUCCAGUGUUUCCAGCCUCAGACUCCAGCCUUCAUCUGAACUCUACUGUGCCUUCUACACUGUUCAGUGCUGCCCAGGUUCCUCAUGUACCAUCAGCAACAGCAUUCAGUAAUGUUGGGGUUCCUCGUAAGCCUUCAGAAACAGUGUUUUGCUCUCCCAGUACUCUUCAGAUGUCUCCAAUAACAGUGUCCAGCAAGAUCCAGGACGCUCACCUUCCUACACCAGCAGCAUUCCACAGCGCACAGGCUCCUCACAGUCAAGCAAUAGCAUCCAGAAAUGUCCAAACUACUAGAGUGCCUUUAGCAACAUUGACAAAGAAAGCCCAGCCCAUAAAGAUGCCUCCUCCAGCCUCAGCAUCCAGCAAUGCUCAGGUUCCUCAUACUCUAGCAGCCCUGUCCAGCAGCAUCUCUAUUGCACAGGCACCUCAAACAACAACAUCCAGUAGCAUUCAGGCUUCUACCUCUGCUACAGUAAAAGCAUCCAAGAAUGUCCAGGCCACUCAAAUACCUUUACCAAUAGUAACUAAUUAUUUCCAGGAUUCUCAGGCACCUCAAUCAAAAAUACCCAGCAGUCUUACAACUCUUCAGGUACCUAUGUCAAUAGCCACAAGCAGAGCCCAGACUACUCAAAUUCAUCCAGGAACAGGAUCCAUUUCUGUCAAGGUUCUUCAUGCUCCUUUACCAACAGUGUCUAGAAGUGUGUGCACCACUCAAUUGACACAAGGAGCAGCAUCUGCUACUGGGGAGGUCCUUCCCCUUCCUAAAGUAAAAACAUCCAGGAAAGUCCAAGCAGCUCACAUGUCUUCAGCGAGAGCAUCCAGCAGUCUCCUGGCUUCACAUGCAACUCCACCAAUAGCAUCCAGCAGUCUCCUGGCACCACAGUUGUCUUCAGCAACAACAUCCAGGGCUCUCCAUGCUACUCCAGGGUCUACAGCAACAUAUCACAGCAAUCCAUCCAGGACACCAAGGAGAGGAACUGUACCAAAGGAACCUUCUAAGGAAGUAGGUCACCAUCAAGGUUCCAAAUAAGUGAUGGUGUUGAAAGUAACAGAACCAUUUACAUAUGACACUGAAGAAGAUAAAAGGAUCUUUCAUGCCACAGUGGCUACUGAGACUGAGUUCUUCAGAGUGAAGGUUUUUGACACAGCUCUAAGAAGCAAGUUCAUCCCAAGAAAGAUCAUUGCAAUAUCAGAUUAUUUUGGGUACAAUGGGUUCCUGGAGAUAUACAAACCUUCCUGUGUGUCUGAUGUAAAUGUUGACCAAACAAUGGUUAUCUCAAAUAAACUGAGAGAAAGAGCCAUUGCAACUCUGAAAAUUUCUCAUCUUUUCUUAGAAACAAAGGGGACAUUUGUGAAUGGAGAGUUUGCAGUGAUUAAGAAAGAAGAAAAGAGGGACUGCAUUUGCUAUGAAAUAGGAGAUAAUACAGGGAUGGUGGAAGUGGUGUUCUAUGGACAACUGACCAGUGUUGAUUGUAAUCCUAGAGACAAACUUAGACUGUGCUUUGAAUUGACCUCAGACGAAGAUAACGUAUAGCUGAGAUCUACAAGACACAGUAACAUGCAGAUGUGUGCUCUAGGGGAACAUCUGCCUUCCAAUGAUCAUGCUUUUAAUAUUAUACUGAAAUUCAGCUGCUGCUAUAGCAUAAAAUAUUCAAGAAAUGAAAAAAACUACCUGAUGAGCAGGUACCUCAUCUGCCGUGAACCUGGGAUCUUCUCGACACCUGCAGCUGUGAUACUCCAGCACAUCUGCUUCGAUCACCCUUUGCUGCUACACAGUUACCUUAAGGCCUUUUCCCAUGCCAAAUAUGGCCCGACAACCAAUACCAAAAGAUGGCCAGAAAGAACAGACACAGACAAUACAGAAAUACUGUCAAGCACUCACUGCACUCACUCCUGGCAGUUGGCUCUUCCGAUAGUAGAUUCUAGACAUCUAUUGGGGAAUCCCUGA